GCAACAGAUGGUGGAUAUAUGCUAUUUAUAAAUCAGUUAAUAGAACUUUCAAGUGAAAAAGGAUAUAAUUUUUCUAGAGAUAACUUUGUAUAUCCAAUCCGUCAAGAGAUUAAUGUAAAUUUAACAGCAGAUAAAAGAUAUUAUAAAGAUGUAUUCGGUAGUUUUAGAUCAAAAAUUGAGAACCAGUUCUCAGAAAUUCGUAAUAAAUAUAUCAGAUUUAAUAAUAAUAAAUCUAUAGUAAAAAUGAAUAAUAUAAAAUUUUAUAUACAUCAUAAGCUAUGGGAAUCAGAUGAUUUUGAAUUUCCAUUUGAAGCUAAAUUAGUUGAUAUCGUUAUCAGUAAUUCAAGUGAAGCUGCAUUAAAAAAGAUGAAAUAA